AUGGAGCGGAAGAAGAAGAGAAAGAGGAAGGAGGGUCCUCCUGCUACCUUGGGGAGAGGCGGGAAGCCCGCUGCUCAAGGGCCCAAACCCGGGCAGCGCCCGCCUCAACCAAAGGUGGGUAGGCCUCCCCGCCAUGCGGCCAUCACGCUCACCCUUGUCCCGGGAUCCGGGGCAGACGACGGGGGGAUGUUGGCCAAGACAAGGAAGGGCAUAACGCUGGAGGAUUAUGGCAUCCCCAACGUUGUGGUCAAAAGGGCCAUUACGGAAGCCCUCAUAUUAGAAAUCCCCGAGGAGAACAGCGACAAGAAGGCAGAUAAACUUUGGUCUGGCAUGGUUGCUGCCCUGGGGGAAUCCGAGGUGCGGAUAGCGAAACCCGUUAAGACAUGCGAUUUCCGCAUAAAGGGCCUCGAUGAAUCCGUAACCUUGGACAAAAUUAAGACAGCCGUGGCGACCGUUGGGGGUUGUCGGCUGGCCGAUAUAAAGGUCAGUCGAGCUCGCGCUUCCUCCAACGGCCUGUUCACGGCGUGGAUCCAGUGCCCCGUCGUUGCUGCGCGCAAAGUCGUGGGUGCUGAAUCCUUGCUGAUGGGGUGGGUGAAGGCGCCGGUUAAGCCGUUAGAGCGCCGGCCCCUACAAUGCUUCAGAUGCCUCCGGCACGGCUACGUAACAGCGACCUGUUGCUCCACCGCACCGGAGAAAAACAGGAGGGGCCGGUGCUACCGGUGUGGCGACUCAGUUAUGGUAUGCAACGCCGCGAUGCCGCGUACUCGCGGGCCGCCGAACUGGUCGGUGUACUGGUCGACUGGCGAAAUAGCUGGCCUCAGGGCGGCGUGCGCCAGAUCCAGAAACCAGUACACCCAUGCCCUCCGCCACAAGGAUGUGGCGGGAGUGACAAGAGCAACGGCGGCGUACAAAAAGUAUCGUCAAGCACGAAAAGCCCUUCGUACUGCCAUAAGCCAGGCCAAGUCCAGGGCGUGA